UGAUCUGAACGAUUAGGAAACUAUGGGGAAAAUGUGGGGCAUUUUAGUAUGUGUGGCUCUCUGGUACAGCAGUGUAAGCAAUGCUGCUGUAACCUCAUGGAAUCUACAAGCAGAAAAGCAACCUCAAAACCAGCAGCUUCCUGGAUCGUCUACUCAAUUUCCUUGGUUGUUAACACAGUUUCCUAGACCUGUUUCUGAUCAGCUACCUGGUUUGUCUUCACAGUUUCCCAGGCCAGUCUCUCAACAGCUCCCUGGCUCGCCUGUGCAGACCCCGGGCUCACCUGUGCAGCUCCCUGGAUCAUCAGUCCAGCUCCCUGGAUCAUCAGUCCAGCUCCCUGGAUCAUCUGCACAGCUCCCUGGAUCAUCAGUCCAGUUCCCUGGAUCAUCUGCACAGCUCCCUGGAUCAUCAGUCCAGUUCCCUGGAUCAUCUGCGCAGCUCCCUGGAUCAUCAGUCCAGUUCCCUGGAUCAUCUGCGCAGCUCCCUGGAUCAUCAGUCCAGUUCCCUGGAUUAUCUGCGCAGCUCCCUGGAUCAUCAGUCCAGUUCCCUGGAUCAUCUGCGCAGCUCCCUGGAUCAUCAGUCCAGUUCCCUGGAUCAUCUGCGCAGCUCCCUGGAUCAUCAGUCCAGUUCCCUGGAUCAUCUGCGCAGCUCCCUGGAUCAUCAGUCCAGUUCCCUGGAUCAUCUGUGCAGCUCCCUGGAUCAUCAGUCCAGUUCCCUGGCUCAUCUGCGCAGCUCCCUGGAUCAUCAGUCCAGUUCCCUGGAUCAUCUGCGCAGCUCCCUGGAUCAUCAGUCCAGUUCCCUGGAUCAUCUGCGCAGCUCCCUGGAUCAUCAGUCCAGUUCCCUGGAUCAUCUGCGCAGCUCCCUGGAUCAUCAGUCCAGUUCCCUGGAUCAUCUGCGCAGCUCCCUGGAUCAUCAGUCCAGUUCCCUGGAUCAUCUGCGCAGCUCCCUGGAUCAUCAGUCCAGUUCCCUGGAUCAUCUGCGCAGCUCCCUGGAUCAUCAGUCCAGUUCCCUGGCUCAUCUGCGCAGCUCCCUGGAUCAUCAGUCCAGUUCCCUGGCUCAUCUGUGCAGCUCCCUGGAUCAUCAGUCCAGUUCCCUGGAUCAUCUGCGCAGCUCCCUGGAUCAUCUGCGCAGCUCCCUGGAUCAUCUGCGCAGCUCCCUGGAUCAUCUGCGCAGCUCCCUGGAUCAUCAGUCCAGUUCCCUGGAUCAUCUGCGCAGCUCCCUGGAUCAUCAGUCCAGUUCCCUGGAUCAUCUGCGCAGCUCCCUGGAUCAUCAGUCCAGUUCCCUGGCUCAUCUGCGCAGCUCCCUGGAUCAUCAGUCCAGUUCCCUGGCUCCUCUGUGCAGCUCCCUGGACUGUCUUCUCCGCAGUUUCCAAGGCCAUUCCCUCAGCAGCUACCUGGCUCGCCUGUGCAGCUCCCUGGCUCCCCUGUGCAAUUUCCAGGCUUGUAUUCUCCACAGUUUUUAGGGCCAGUCCCUCAACAGCUACCUGGCUCCUUUUCUAUGCAGGUUUCUAGGUAUGGUCCCCUGCUGAGCGAUGCUACUAAAUGCCAACUGGAUGAUGCUGAUAAAAUUCCAUGUGGAGAACCUGGCAUAGAUGCUUCUCACUGCGGUGCUAUAAACUGCUGUUUUGAUGGCCAGCAGUGCUACUAUGGAAGAACAGUAACUGUCCAGUGCACAAUAGAUGGCCAGUUUGUGCUGGUAGUGGCCAGGGAUGCAACUCUUCCCAGGAUCAGCUUGGACUCCAUCAGCCUGUUGGGAGGAAGUGAUGGACCCUGUGGUGUUGCUGACUAUAAUGCUGACUUUGCUAUAUACCAGUUUCCUGUAACUGCUUGUGGCACAAGAGCAACGGUGCAAGGGGACUAUGUGGUCUAUGAGAACAAAAUGGUGUCUUCCUAUGAAGUUGGAGUGGGACCCCUUGGUGCCAUCACAAGAGACAGCCAUUAUGAGCUUUACUUCCAGUGUAGAUAUUCUACUACAAGCGUUGAAUCCCUGGCUGUUGCUCUUUCAUCCAAUGAUCCUCCUCUACCUGUAGUGGCUUCUGGUCCCCUCAGGGUAGAGCUGAGACUUGGCAAUGGACAGUGUGUCACAAAGGGCUGUGUGGAAGAGCAAGUAGCCUAUACCUCCUACUACACUGAGGCUGAAUACCCUGUGACCAAGGUCCUGAGGGAUCCUGUGUAUGUUGAGGUGCGCAUGUUGGCGAGGACCGAUCCCAAUCUGGUCCUGGUCUUGGGACGCUGCUGGGCAACCUCUACACCUAACCCCAACAGUGUUCCUCAGUGGGAUCUCCUGGUGAAUGGGUAA